GUCGUCACAUUGUGCUCAUGUGUAAACGAUGAGGUCCACGACCAAACUGAAAUUCCCCGAACCAUCCUCACUCAUUCUCCACUUAACCUCUACAUACAUUGUACAGAGGUAUCCUGGUAAAGCACGAAAUAAAAAAGGCGCUUGGAAGCUGGAAAGAUACGUUGUCUGUCCGCAAUCGGAGGACGCGAUUCUUCAAGUGGUUAUUUUGGCAUAAGAUCAGACCCUCUCCAUCACCAUGUCAGUGAAGUCGGAUGGGAAGAGGAAGUGGGCGGCGGUGAGGGGCCAUCUGGGCUCCUCCCAGGACUCAGACACCCAGCUGGAGGCCAACCUGGAGAGUGCCGACCCAGAGCUGUGCAUCCGCAUGCUCCAGGUGCCCAGUGUGGUCAACUACUCUGGGCUGAAGCGUCGUCUGGAGGGCAGCGAGGAGUCCUGGAUGGUCCAGUUCCUGGAGCUGAGUGGGCUGGACCUGCUGCUGGAGGCCCUGGACAGGCUAUCUGGGAGGGGCUGCUCCCGCAUCACAGAUGCCCUGCUGCAGCUUACCUGUGUCAGCUGUGUCCGGGCCGUCAUGAACUCAUCUGCUGGGAUCCACUUUAUCGUGGAGAAUGAGGGCUACAUCCGCAAACUCUCCCAAGCCUUGGACACGUCCAAUACCAUGGUGAAGAAGCAGGUGUUUGAGCUGCUUGCUGCCCUGAGCAUGUUCUCCUCUGAUGGGUACCGUCUGGCCCUGGAUGCCCUGGACCAUUACAAGGGUGUGAAGACCCAGCUGUAUCGCUUCAGUGUGAUCAUGAACGAGCUGCAGGCCACAGACAACAUGCCCUACAUUGUCACCCUCCUCAGUGUCAUCAACGCCAUCAUCUUUGGGACAGACGACCUGCAACAGAGAGACAAGAUCCGCAAGGAAUUUAUUGGAUUACAAUUACUUGAUAUACUGCCCAAAUUUAGGUGA